AUGACUUCAUGGCUGCUGCAAAGCUCAACACACGAUGAGGUCGUUCCAGUCGGGAGUUUAUUGAUGCGUUGCCGCGUCUCCACUGCUCUUUACGCCCCGGUUCCUAAUGCACACCGAGAUUUGCUCUUCUGUCGGAGGAAAGAAAUCAAAGCAGUCCUUGAUCGCUGUCGGAGUGUGCGGCUCUCAAUGGCGGCCAUGACGUUUGUUUCGUUCAUUACUGCAGGCGUUAUAAUAUCAUCAGGCAUCGUCGGUAUGAUAUUCUUCGAUCCGCUCCGUCUCGCCGUCAAUGUUAUUUUGAUCAUGCUGGGAGUGCUGUCCAUCAUCGCAGAUGUCAAAGCACUCCCACUGUUCGCUUACGUGCAGUUCUUUUAUAUACCUGUUGGACGUGGUUUGUUCUACGUGACCAUUGGACUUGUAAUCCUUCAGAAAGGUUUGGUCGACGUUAUCCUGGGUAUCUCCGUAAUAAUCCUUGGCGCAGUGUACGCGAUAGUCUGUGGACGUAGUGGAGGUGUUCCCAAACCACUGAUGCAGCGCACAAUCGAAGAGCUCCCUCUCAGCGCUGCGGUGAAGUUCGUCGACGCGUGA